AUGCAAAUUGCCUUGAUACUAACAUGGAUAACAAUAACAGCUGGCUUGUCCAAUCAUCCUAAAUUAUUGCUGAUAUCGUUUGACGGAUUUCGCAAUGAUUUACUUAAUGAAGAGUUGGUUCCUAAUAUAUACAAAUUUGCAACAAAAAGUACAUGGUUUACAUCAGGGGUAAAAUCGCAAUAUUUAACAUACACUGCCCCAAAUCAUAUGAGUAUCAGUACUGGAUUGUAUGAGGAAAACCAUGGAAUUGUUGCCAAUUAUUUCUUCGAUGAAUACACGAAAAAAUCAUUUGAUUAUUUCAACAUGACUGGAAGACCUGGUGUCGUUAAUGCAUCUCAAGAGGAAUUCUGGUAUCAAGGAGAUCCUAUUUGGUUAACAAAUGAACGAUGGGAAACAACGCGAAGAUCUGCAGCCUUAUAUUGGCCGAACGGAGACUCUCCGUUUCCUUACAUUCCUCAUAAACCAAAGUAUUCCAAGUCGUGGAAGACCUACGGAAAUUUAAAUACUUGGAUGAAAGAUGCUGAUGAAGUUAUUGAAUUAUUCAUGAGAGAAAAAGAUCCUAUGAAUUUUGUUGCUUGGUAUAUCGCCGAACCUGACCAUGUCCUUCACACUAACGGAUUUCACAAUGGCGAACUGAAGAAGAAAUUAACAGAGCUCGACAAGCUUUUUCGAUAUUUCAUUGAGAGGAUCGAGGCGAAUAAUCUGAGCUCACAAAUUAACAUAAUCUUAACUGCUGAUCAUGGACAUGCGGAAAUCAAAGAUGAGAAACACGUUAUGUGUAUUCAUGAUUACGUCAGUGCGAAUGGUUUUGAAAUGGGUGAUCAUAUGAUUUAUCCUCAUUCGAAAGAAAUCGCUGAAGCAAUUUUCCACAAUUUGACGGAAGCUGUUAAAAAGAACCAAUUUGAAGUGGAUGUACAUUGGAAGAAAGAUGUUCCAACGCGAUUUCAUUACCAGAAUAGCACAAGAAUUGGCGAAAUUGUAUUUGAGCCGAGAAUUGGAUCUGCCAUCUCAUUUAGCUGUCGAAAAGAACAAUUAGAAGCAGAUUACGGAAUAAAUGGGACAACAAAAUUCAAUUCAUCAACCCAUGGAAUGGAUCCGGAUAGACCAGAAAUGCGCGCAUUUUUGAUAAUGAACGGCCCUGCGUUUUCCGAAAACUUCACCAUUGCUGAUAUUCCCGAAAACAUUGACUUAUAUGGUUUAAUGUGUCAUGUGCUCAAUAUCACUCCUUCUGAAAACGACGGAAGUAUGGGAAUUGUGAAACGUGCGCUUCGUGAGAAUCGUUAUCUAUCACCGAUUCAUGGUUAUAUGUUCAUUGGGAUCGUGGACUCGAUGAGUUUUCUAUUCAUUCUCGUUCCUUCAAUGUGCAUUGUGAUACUAUUCUUGAUCUAUGGAUGCCGACACACUGUGAUGAAGAAUGAUCCGAAUUGGGGAAGAUCUGAACAUUCUCAUGGUUAUCGUCCUCUUGACGAUCAAAUCAACAGAGGUUUCCGAUUAGAAGACGAAGAUGAUGAGGAUGUCGAAUCCGGUUUACCACAAAGACGGAAUGCUUCCGUGCCGACUAAUACAGUUUCUAUGUCAGGAUUACUCGAUGAAAUAAUGGGUCCGAGUGUUUUGCCGAAAACCGCGACGGCGUUUACUGAUCCAUUAUACUGGAAAAAUUUUUUUGCUCAACGAAAGACUCCGUUCGAAUGGUACGGUGAUUAUAAUUCGCUAUCCCCGGUUCUCGAAAAAUAUAUUAAACCGCUAAACAAUGUUCUACAAAUUGGUUGUGGUAGCUCUGAACUUGCCUCUCAACUUUAUGACAAUGGGUACAGAUCAAUUCAUAGUAUUGAUGUCGAACCAUCGGUUAUUGCCGAUCAGAAACGCCGUAAUAAGGAACGACCUGAUUUAUCAUUUGCAGAAGGUGAUGCAACGAAUUUAGAAUUUGCUAAUGAAUCGUAUGCUGUUGUUCUUGAUAAAGGAACACUGGAUGCUUUACUACCACCAAAUCCAAAUGAUGACCAAAAAGCGAUUGUGUUAAAGAUGUUCAGCGAAGUUCAUCGCGUUCUUCUAUCCGGGGGACGGUAUCUGAUUGUGACUUUGGCACAACCGCAUUUAAUUGAUUUCUGGUUAGCAUUCUUCGUUGAAACAAAACAAUAUAUACUUCGUGUGCAAAAAGUCGAAAACAAAGCAGGUGGAUUUCCAAUGCCAGUUUUUGUGCUCAUUGCCACAAAAAUGCGAUGUGCAAUGCCUACUAAUUUGCCAUUGGAAGUUUGGAGAACCAGUUCUGAAAAAGCAGAACGUAUCUCGAACAUGUUUGAUCUCAAAGCAACAAUUCUCGCUGAACAAGAAAUUGCUCAAUUUAUUCAUUUGUGCUCGAAGAAAUUGAAAAGCGAGGUUUCAAUCGACUUCCAGGGUGACGACCCAACCACAGGACCCCGUUAUCGAAUCUGUGUCAUUGACAACCCGGAUGUAACCGUUUUUAAGAAAUUCGCAACAUUUAUUGUACCAAUCGGAAGGGAUGCUGAAUGGAUGUUCGCCACUCCCAAAGGUCGUCAAGCAUUGCGAGCUCAAUGCGGUCAUGAUCGCCUUGUUACUGUGUUCCUCAGUCGUCAGCAUUCCUACGGAAACAUUGAAGUCGUAAAAGGAGAAAUCGGACAUUUUGUCAGCUUACUCGAUAUAAGAUCAGAAGAAGACGCCGGGGUGUUCGAUAUUCUCUCUGUCGGUGGAAUUGAUGUGAAGAAACCUGUGGCUAACGGAAGAUCGGAGAUCAAUGGAGAAUGGUCCGUUGAAGAAGUACCAAUUGAUGGUAAAAUCACGAGACGUUUAGUUUUCAUCAACACAAUGAAUUUGGUUCAAUCGGAAGCCAUUAUUAAAAGUGGAAAGAAAGGAAAAAAAGUUGUGGAUCUCGACAAUUUGGCAUGUGAAUUCCAUACGAUGAUGAUUGCUGGACUCUCUCUUUCACCUACUCAAGCAUUGAUGAAAAACGAUGUGCCCAUGAAGAUUGCGGUUCUUGGUCUUGGAGGAGGUCUUUUGACAGCAUACUUGCUUCGACAAUUUAAAAAAAGCAUGGUGACGGGUGUAGAGCUUGAUCCUACCAUUAUUCGCAUCGCCAAUGAUUAUUUCUCGUUCCCCCAUUCGGAUUCACGUGUCGACAUCAAAUGCGAAGACGCCCUCGUGUUCCUCAAAAAUAUUGCUGAUGGCAAGGACAAAUAUGACGCAAUUUUCAUCGACGUUUCCGGAAAUCAAGAUGCUGCAUUGUCUUGUCCUCCUCCAUCCUUCCUCACCGAAGAAGCGCUGUGUAACCUGACCAACAGUCUGAAAGAAGAUGGAAUUGCUUUGAUGAAUCUUGUGACAAGAGAUGAUAGAGUUGCUCAGGAGACGAAAGAAAAAGUUGCGAAGCAUUUUGGAGCAAUCUACACUAUAUUUUCCAGUGAGGAUGUCAAUGAGGUCAUCAUUUGUCAAAAGAUCGUUUCUACGAAACCAGUGGUGCCGUCGAAAUUAGUGAAUCAAGUGAGAAAAGACAUUGCCAGUUACAGUCUUGUCUGCGGCGCGAUUAAUCGAAUCCGCAAGUAUUAA